AGUCUUAAGACCAAUUGUAAUUCUGGAAGAACACCAGAACCAACCUGGAGGCUGGCAACAAUAAUUCAUACCCUGGGACUCCACAUCAAGUUCCUUUGUCCAGAGCAGUUUCUUCUGCCUGAAGUUGCGAUCCUAAGCAGUCCCUUCUAAGUGCACUGAAGUCCAUGGACACAGCUGAUGUUUAGCAACAAUGCCAGCCAAAAGUAAGCAGGCUGUGGUGAACAGAACCCUCAAGGAGGAUAAUGCCUUGCAGAGGCUCUUGUGCCUGCCAGUGGUGAAUUCAGCAUGCAACAGCCUCCAAAAGACAUAUACCACUACCAAAAAAUCUCAUCCUCUAGUGGCAUCAAUGUGUGAAGCUUAUGAGAGAGGGAUCCAAGCUGUCAGCUCUCUUGUCAUGUGGAGUAUGAAACCAGUGAUACAGAAGCUAGAACCUCAGUUUGCAGCAGCCAAUGUCUUGGCCUGCCAAGGGUUGGAUCACUUGGAGCAAAGGAUUCCUGCCCUUCACAAGCCAGUGGAGGAAGUAACCUCUGAGCUAAAGGACUCCAUCUGCACUCAUGUCCAAAGCACUGUGCACUCUAUAGCUGAUGCCCUGGAUUGGAUCUUGGGGCUGGCUGCAGAAAGCUGUGAGCAGGCUCAGAAUACCAUGAGAGAUGUAACCAAGGAUGCCAGGAGCAGUAAAGUGAGCCACUUGGCUGAAGCAGGAGUAGAGACAGCGCUUGGAAAGGUGGAGAAGUUGGUGGACCUCCUUCUUCCAAAACCUGAACACAGCUCAGCUCAUGACAAUUCAGGGGCUCGUGUAUUGAGGGAGGGAUCUCCCUCCAGCAUCUUUGGAAGGAUCAGAGCUGUGGCCUGCAGUGUUUCUCAGUAUGCCUACAGACAGACAACCCAAACCAUCCAAUACACCAGCAACAAGGGACAGGAAUGGGCUAUGCGGAUUCCAGGCCUGGGUGGUUUGGCCAGGCAAAGCUCAACCAAGGCACAGUGGGUCUUCUUCAAUGAACAGAACAUAGCAAAUGGCUGGUUAAGCAAAGGACAGAGAAAGGCGCCUGAGAAAAGGGAGGAAAGAAAAAACGAAGAUGACAGAACAAGCACGACAGAAGAGAGUGCCAAGGCCCAGAGCCUGCCGGGCAGCCUGACUCAGAACCUGCAAGCAGCCUCUCUCUCCACCAUCUCUGGCAUGAAGGAGGCCCACUUCACAGCCUGCAAUGCAGCAGGGCAGCUUCUCUCCCCACACAGGGCAGUGUCUGAGAGGAGCACAAAAGUGGGCAUGUUGUGGGGGAUCCUACAGAAUGUCACCGGCAGCUUCCUUGGGACAAUCGUUCACUACGUACCAGUUCCAAGGCUCUUUGUGAAGGCAGAGGGGACUGCAACUGUGAUGGCAGAAGGGUCUGAGACAUACCAGCGGCAGAAAAGCAGCCAGCCUGUGGUCACUCAUACGCAGGAAAAGGGGGCCCAUUAUCAGCUGCGGGGAGACUGGCGAUCCAACCGAGGCCACCAUCCCCUCACUUUCCUCAAUCUUGAUGAGCCCCACCUGGUACAGCAAGCCCCCGUCCAACGCCGGAGCUCAGCUUUUGAAGCUGACUACACCAGUGCUCACAAAUCUGCCUUCUCCCCUUACAAGGAGGCAGCCAGCAGCAGGCGGUUGAGCGAAGGGCUGUACCGCUCCAGUCCAGAGCGUGUAUACAGUAAGGCUCAUUACACAGGCCUUUACGGCACCAUUCUUAAGAAAGACUGAACAGAUGACAGCCCAGGCUUAGUGUCUUCCUUCACUUAGAGUCUGCUAAUCCUUCCUAUCAGCUUUGCAAGCUUUCACAACAAGUUUGAUAAUGAACUGGGGUCAUAGCUUACUGUCAAGCUCAGGCUUAACUUUCAUUUUCCUUAGGUUCUGAUUUCCUUCACCUUUACUUGUCAUGUUGGAUUCCUGGGGGGGGGGGUGUUGUAAAAGUGCAUGGGAGUAGGCACCAUAAUUUUCCUGAAGCAGUGCCCCAAGAGUUGGUUCCCGUGAGUCUGACCGUGGAAAAUCUUUGUGCCUAGUUUGGGUAGAUAGGGCACCAUAUAUCUGUCUGUGUUGCCAUAGUAACGCCAGGGGUAGGUGUGUUGUGGGUGAAUGUGGAAUUUUAUGCUUUUACCUAUAACCUGUAAGUUCCCACAGUUUUCUUCAGU